AGAUGUUUGGAAAACGUCGUGUACGAAUGCAUAUUGAGUAAUGUUAGUGUUGCGAAAGAAGCCGACCCGGGUGUGAUGUUUAAUCAAAGUUGCAAAACUGUUUGUGCAGCAGACAGCCCCAGCACGUUGUGAGUGAAGCUCGGCAAACUCAAUCGUUUAGUUGAGUAGAAAAGAACUCUUGCAGUAUGAAUUGAUGCAUUUACUUUGACGACUGUCCAAACCACUAGCACUAAUCUCAGAACUAUGGGGACCGAUACAGCAAUUGCAAUCGAGAGUACUAAAAAGGCCCCAACGCCUUCGACGACACUAGCUUUUCAGGAUAUAAGUUUCCGAGUUCGACGAAAGGAUGGGCAACAAAAGCAACUGUUGAACGGCAUAUCGGGCACAUUUUACUCAGGUCGUCUGGCAGGUAUACUCGGUCCGUCUGGUGCAGGGAAAUCUACUCUACUGAAUAUACUCAGCGCGUUCAAAACAAACAAUGUGUCCGGAAGCAUAUUUGUAAAUGGAGUUCCGAUCGAUCGUAAAAUAUAUUGCCGAGAGGUUUCGUACACACCGCAGGAUGUUGUUUUGCUGGGAAAUAUAACCGUAACUGAAAGUCUUGAGUUUGCGGCUGAUUUGAAACUUUCUUCCGAUGUAACGACCUCUCAAAAGUCUGCCAUGGUAGUGGAUAUACUAAAGCUGCUUGGACUGUCUAAGUGCGCCAACAAUCCGGUAGCAAACAUUUCUGGCGGUGAGAAGAAACGACUCUCGAUCGGACUGGAGCUGAUCUCCAACCCGAAGAUUAUGUUUUUCGACGAACCGACAAGCGGACUGGAUAUCAUUGCUGCGAUGCAAGUGAUGGCCCAUUUGAAAGACCUGGCGGCGAGUGGUCGGUGCGUGAUCUGUGUCAUCCAUCAACCAAGUUCCAGCAUUCUGCAAAUGUUCGAUGAUCUGUUUGUUUUGUCCGAAGGUCACUGCUUAUACCGAGGACCGUUGAACGAAUUGGUGGAGACAUUCAAAGGUUGCGGUUUUGAGUGUCCAAACUACUACAACCGAGCGGAUUUUGCUCUAGAAAUUGCCAGUCUCAAGCACGAAGGAAACUUGCUUCAGCUCAGAGAAUUAGCUAAGCAGCAGCAAAUCAACACAAUAUUACAGCAGACCAUCCCCAAUGAAGGUCCGAACAGUGACGAAAAAAUAGCAAUGCUCACUACUGCUGUAGAAGAACAGUUCGUGGAAUCUACGAAGUCUGAUCGUCAGUAUCCAACUUCUGAAUGGGCGCAGUUUGUUACGCUCACUCGUCGAACGAUGCUGUGUACUUUCCGCGAUCUUCAAUUGACGAAAAUGCGGCUACUAGCACACUUGUUUGUCGGAUUGUUGAUCGCCGUCGUCUUCUAUAAUGUUGGCAAUGAUGGGUCGAAGGUGCUCAGUAAUGCAUCGUGUCUAUUCUUUUUCCUCAUAUUCGUAUUUUUUGCAAACUCAAUGCCUCUAGUAAUGACCUUUCCGAUGGAAACAUCCGUUUUCGUUCGUGAACGGAUGAACAACUGGUACUCGUUGAAGGCAUAUUACUUUUCGAAGUUGGUAGCUGAUUUUCCAUUUCUGAUUCUCGGACCAAGCGUGUUUCUGGCAGGAGCGUACUAUUUAACGGCCCAACCUAUGGAACUCGAUCGUAUCGUGAUGUUGUGGAGCAUAUGCAUUUUCACUAGCUGGAUUGCGCAGAUGACGGGCCUACUUGCUGGCAGCGUGCUGCCUUUGGAACUGAGCGUGUUCUGUGUGCCCUGUUCGGUCAUCCCGAUGCUCAUAUUCUGUGGAUUUUUUGUCCGGUUUCGCGAAAUGUUUGAUUUUCUGAUUCCCUUCACGUACGUCGCCUACUUCCGGUACAGCUUCGAGGGAGCCAUGCAAGCAAUAUAUGGAUUCGAGCGCGAGAAUCUUCCAUGUUCGGGCGAUUUCUGUUACUUCAGUAAGGUAUCAAAGUUUCUGGAAAGCUUCGACAUGCUGGAAAAUACGUUUGUGAUGGACAUUUGUGGGUUGCUCGGAUGGAUCUUUCUUCUGCACGUGGCGCUUUAUGCAAGUCUUGCGUGGAGACUAAAGCGAACGCGAUAAUAUGGGGGAACUCUACGUGAUUGGAGUUUUGAAUUUACAAGUGUAUACGUAACAAUAGAUAUUUAUGGGUUAACCAAGCAUUCUUUAGGAAAUGCAAAAUCACAAAAGGAACAAGAUGUGCGAUCUGUUACAAAAAGCGAUCAUUUUAAAUAUCGAUAAGAAAGAGUCUCUGUUUGUUACAUAA